AUGGAAGAAGUCAAAAAUGUAAAUGAUGCUGACGAUAUAAAAAUGAUAGAUAAAGAUGUCUUAGAUUAUAUCGUAAAUAAAAAAUCUUUAAAAAGUAAUUAUUUUGCUGAUAAAGAAAUCAUUCCUAAAGUGCCUUAAGCUAAAUUGGUAGAAUAUGUAGUAAGAGCCUAAAAGGAAAAUAAAAAACUUUUGAUUAUACAUACAUAAGGAGCAUAUAAUCCUCCUCAUAUAGGACAUAUUAAUAUGAUACUUGAUGCUAAGGACGCUGUUGAAAAAAGUGAAGGUUAUAUCUUACUAGCUGCUUACAUGUCACCUUCUCCAGAUACACAUAUCGAUAAGAAAAAGUAGCAAUCUUUAAGUAAAGGAGAGGAAUACUUACAUUUAAGCUUUGACGAAAGAUGUUUCUUAAUUGAGAGAAUGAUAUCUAAUUUAGGAUAUUAAGACUGGAUUUUUGUUAAUAGAUAUGAAGGAGUUCAUGAAAAGGUAUCAGUCACAAAAACUUGGAUAAAUAUGCAAGAAUUUGCUUAAUAAAUGAUUUAAGAAAUUAAAGAAAUAUUAAAAUUAAAUGAUGUUAAUUUGGCUAGUUUAAACAAAUUAGUCGAAGUUGCCUUUUUGGUUGGUAGUGAUAAAUUAAAUUAUAAAAGUAAAACAAUGGAUGAAUUUAGCAAGGAAGUAAAAGUAGAUAAAAAUAAUCUACACCUGCCUAUUAUAAUAAAGCAAAGAGCAGAGUUGAAUAAUGAAAAAGCACAAGCCAAAAUGUCAGAAUAUAUUAAAUACAAAAAGGAAGAGUAAAUCAAAAAUAAAGUUUUUGUGUGUACAGACAGAGAAAAUUUUUCUUCAACACAAUUUAGAGAGUAUAUUAAAAAAUUUUAAUUGAAAGAAAGUGUUUGA